AUGUCGUCCUCCGGGGUAACCGGAUCGGAACAACUCAAUCGUCUUUCUUGCAAGAGAUGUAAGGAACGUAAAGUCCGAUGCAAUCGUGUUAUGCCACAGUGUGGUCGCUGCAAGCCAAAUGAUCUAGAAUGUGUGUAUCCUGUCCGGGUCAAGAGGAGGUCUGCGCGGCCAUUGAUCGACCCAGCCCUCUCGGCGGACGGCUCCAAUGCUGCUCUUUCUACUAUCCUUGAUCGCCUGCAACGCCUUGAGGCACAGACUGUAGCUGGGUCUUCAUCCACCAACGGCCAAUCGAUACCAACACCCUCUGGCGAUGGCUCUGAGGUGUCCUCCUCGCCGGUGGCCUUUAGCACUAAUGGUCAUGAGUCCAGUGUUUUAACGCCUCAUAAUUCUGACCGUGAGAUGGAUGCCAUGACUGUUCUGAAAGAUGCAGUCGACCAAGUUCAGGAGCUGAGGAAGAGGUCGUUUGGCUCUACCGCCAUUACCAGUUCGAUAGACAUUCCCACAGACUUGGCCAAGACUUGGGUUGCCAACUACUUUCAGCACAUGCCUGCUUGCAUGUUCCUAGGCUUAUUGGACAGGCGAAUUAUCGACUUGAUUCCUGACAUCAUCAAUCUACCACACAUCCAUGUCGACCCGGUCAUUCUUGUCAUAUACUAUAGCAUAAUGUAUCAUGGCUGCAGUCUAAAAGCGAGCAACGUUACUUCGACUUCAAGUCUCGGGUACAUGAACUCGAGCUACCUGGGAUGUCUGCGUGCAGUGCCUAGCUGGGAGCGAGAGGCAUCAGGGACCAUGACGGAUCUCAUCGCCGCUCUGUUCACAAGCCGCGUGGCUGCUGAGUUCUUCGAUUACGACCUUGCUUGGAGGAUGUUUAAACAAGCAUGCGAAUAUUGCCAGACCCUCAACCUUCACAGGCUAGACUCGGAUGAAAACAACACGUUUUUCAGCGAGGCCAAAUGCGAUAAUGAGAGGCGAGGGUUCUGGGAAGUCAUACAGAUUGAUCUUUUCUACCGACUCAUACUCAAUACCCCCCCAGUUAUCACCAACGACAUAUGGAAAGUCAAUCUACCAUGGCUGGACCCUGAUUCGGACCCUUUACCGCAAGGGAUGCAGACAAUCGCAUUCUUGGCCAGUUCAAGAGUCAGUCUAGUAAUCGCCCGGUUCUUUGCUAUGCUUGAUGACCCAGAAAACACCACCAAGCCUGAGAUCGUAGCCAAGACGGAAGACCUUUGUCGCGAGAUGCAACAGAUCUUCACCGAGUGGCAGCUAAUGGAAUGGCUGGAAGGCGCUCAAGAUAACGAACAAGACAUCUGGGUCGUAGCCGAUGUCAUCUUGACAGGCUAUACUUCCAUCAUCUACAUGUUUCGCAAGAUGGCUCUCCUCAACUCAACUUCUCCAAGACCACCAACAACAGAUUUGGACAUCCCAGACUCUCCCAUCGUGGAAGACGCAGCUCGCCGUCUUAUCGCAGCUCUCAAUCGGUUAUUGGUGAUAUACCCUUACGGAGUAACAAUGACAGCAUUAUUCGGCGCAUACAGAUGCUUCGUGGCGUUUGCUUAUCUGGCUAAUACAAUACUGCGAGCUGAAGAUCCUCGCUCCUAUAUGGCUGAUAUUAAAGCACUUGAACGACUGAGUCAUCAAUCGACUUUACUGUGUAGAGGGAAUAGGGAUGUUAUGCCGUUGGUGAAGGCUAUGCAAAGCAUCAAUGAGGAGAUACGGAAGAAAUUGGAGAAACAGACCCCGAGGGGAUGA